UAGGCGUUAGCGCUUAUAUAACCAUCGAAGCACAAGCUUUUUCAAUAUUCAGUCGACACUGUCGGAGAAGGGCGUUUGUUUCGAAAAUGGCAGUGUGCUGGAAAAUAAUGGUGCCGCUCCUCGCUGCCUUCUUGGCGGUGGCGAGUGCCGGUCUCGUCGGUGGGCCCAUGGACGCGGACAUUAAUGAACAAGGCGUCAAAGACGCCUUGCAGUUUGCGGUUGUGCAGCACAACAAAGCGAGCAACGACAUGUUUGUGAGCCAAGUGAAAAAAGUAAUCAAGGUGCAGAAACAGGUUGUUGCUGGCUUGAAGUACAUCUUCACAGUGCAGAUGGCCCGGACCUCCUGCAAGAAGGGCGGAGUUGAGAAGCUGUGCAAUUUCCACGAGGACCCCCAGGUUGCACAGCCCUACGAAUGCACUUUUGAGGUGUGGAGCCGCCCCUGGUUGAGCGACAUCCAAGUGGUGAAGAACACCUGCAACAAAUAGGAGUCUGGAGAACUAGUUUCCUGCAUUACUUUAAACUCCACUCACCAAAUAUAUUAACACCAUACCUUUUGUUGUCGUUGGCUCAUAACUAAUCCAUUGAUGUAUCAAGAGUAUUGCUUUUCCAGUGUUUUAAAAAACCUUUUAAAUAUUUUAGUUCAGUGUUUCCUUUGGGGAGAUUUUAAAUGCAGACAAAUUGAGUUGAAUUGGUAGUUCAAGCUAUGCAAUCAAAUCAGACAUAAAUGAAUUAAAAUAAAUGGUUGUUAAAAUGUU